AUGAGGUUCUCCAAGGCAUUCUUAUUCUCCCUUCUAGGUUCGUCAUCCAUAUCCCAUGCAGCGCCAACCCCACAAGCAGAGGACGGAGGUGACUUCACAGCUUCGAAUACCAAAAAGCUAGCAACCUUUGCCGAUGCCUUCUCCGGGAACUUCCGUGUCUCGCGAACCACCCUGCGAUGGAUUUCUGCCGGGGGUUCCGAGGAUGGGACAUACGUGGUGCAGGACCGUUCGACGUCUAGCCUAGAGCUGCGGAACAUUGUCACGAAUGCCAGUAGCAUAUUCGUCGACGCUGCCGAGUUGAAGCUAGAUUACCACGACUACUCUAUCCAACCGUCUGCAAAGCACGUCCUGUUUAGCACGAACUACACAAAACAGUACCGUCACUCGUAUUUUGCGGAUUAUUAUAUAUGGAGUGUGGAGGCGAAGACCUUGGUUCCCCUCGAAGAGGGAGAGAGUGGAGAUGUGCAGUAUGCGGAGUGGAGCCCCCAUGGCAAUGUGAUUGCCUAUGUCCGGGGGAAUGAUUUGUUUAUUUGGAAGGACGGGGUAAGCACUAGGGUUACCAAUGAUGGGGGGGAGAAUGUGUUUAAUGGGGUGCCAGAUUGGGUUUAUGAAGAGGAAAUCUUCGGGGACAGGUAUACAUUGUGGUUCUCGCCGGAUGGGGAGUAUCUUGCAUUUUUGAAGUUUGAUGAGACGGGAGUACCAACAUACACUGUGCCAUACUACAUGGCAGGACAAGGGAUUGCGCCACCUUACCCUAAAGACCUCAAUAUCAGGUAUCCUAAAGUAGGGGAGAGAAACCCUACUGUUGCUUUUCACCUGCUCGAAGUCAACAACCCGUCCGCUCUGAGGAAGAUUGAUUUUCAGACUUACAUCGCGGAUGAUUGGAUUAUUUCCGAGGUCGCUUGGGUGGCAGAGAAGCAUGAGCGUGUCAUCUUCCGCGCGCGGAAUAGGACACAGGAUACUGGGAAGUUGGUUUUAGUUGAUGUUGAAAGCGGGAAUGCAAGGGCUGUGAGGGAGAGGAAUGGUACGGAUGGAUGGUUGGAUUGCCUUCGUGCUAUCACUUAUGUCCCCGGGCUUUCUACUCCCUCGUAUGUGGAUAUCUCAGAUCAUUCCGGUUGGGCCCAUAUUUAUCUCUAUCCAGUGGCUGGUGGUGACCCAAUUGUGUUGACCUCUGGGAACUGGGAAGUCACUGAGAUCUGCUUCGUCGACACUAAGCGCCGUCUAGUCUAUUUCCAAUCCACCGAGCGUGAUUCUACAGAACGCCACAUCUUUUCUGUGGGUCUCGACGGUAAUGCCAAAAAGCCCCUCGUAGACAUAACCACGGAUGGCUAUUACAGCGCUAGCUUUUCCUCUGGGGGAGAGUACUACAUCCUGAGCUACAAUGGGCCAAGCUUACCAUGGCAGGAGCUUCGGAACAUAAGCGCUGGAACACCUAUCCGAGUGAUAAACGACAACGCCUCCCUUAAGAAAAAACUUUUCGAAUAUGAUCUCCCUAAAAUCUCCUGGUCGACACUCAAGCACCCAGAUGGAUAUGAGCUUAAUUUCAUGGAGCGUCUGCCACCAAAGUUUCGUAAGGGAGUAAAAUACUCGGUUCUGUUCAAUAUAUAUGGCGGCCCAGGCUCGCAAUACACGGCGAAGACCUUCCGCCAGACGGUCGACUUUUCUGCGUACUUGGGAUCAGAUCCUGAGUUGGGGUACAUCGUUGUCAGCGUGGACAAUCGUGGGACGGGAUAUAAAGGGCGGAAGUUCCGUUCCCUGGUUACCGGUCAGCUGGGAAACUUGGAGGCAGAAGAUCAAGUUUGGGCCGCCAGGGAGUAUGCGAAGAGAGACUAUGUCGAUGGGGAGAAGAUUGCGAUUUGGGGGUGGAGCUACGGCGGUUACCUUACCGGUAAAGUUCUCGAACUAGAUUCUGGAGUAUUCUCUUUAGGCAUUAUGACAGCCCCAGUGACCGAUUGGCGCUUCUACGAUAGCAUGUACACUGAACGCUACAUGAAACUCCUAACUACCAACCGUGCGGGCUACAACACCUCCGCGAUAACCAAAACUGCCGGGUUCAAGAACGUUGCCGGCGGCUUCCUCAUCCAGCACGGAACCGGCGACGACAAUGUGCAUUUCCAGAACUCGGCUGCUCUCACCGAUGCUCUGAGCUUUCUAUAUAAGCAGUUGGCCAAGGCUCUAUACGAUGAGACGAGGAGGAUUCCCGAGGGGAAGCACCAAUGGAGUCGUAGGGGGGUUGAGGGGGGAAGAGAGAGGUUGAUAGUCGGAGGGCCGUAG